AUGGCGGAUCCAAGCAGUGAUGUCCAGGUUGCGCCGGAUGAGGAAGUGAAGGCUUAUAAGAUUCAUAUCCCGACCAAGCAUCUUGACCUCACCAGACAGAAGCUCGAGCUUACUCGUCUUCCCCACGAAGGUUCCAGCUCAGGCAACAGGUCUAAAGAUUGGUGGGAGCCGAAGCCGAUCGUGGAACCGCUCAUUGAUUUUUGGCUCGAGAGAUACUCCUGGCGCGAAGCGGAAAGCACGCUCAACAGCACCCUCCCCCAGUUCCGCACCACCAUCACCCUUCCGAAUCUCGGCAACGCCGCCCUCCGAGUCCAUUUCAUCCACGCCCGCUCUCCACACCCCGAGGCCGUGCCUCUCCUCCUGGUCCCUCCGUUCCCCUUCACCAACCUGUCCCUGGGGCACCUCAUCAAGCCUCUCACAGAUCCUGAUGCGGCAACAGAAGAUGGCACUUCUCCGAGACAACAAACCUUCCAUCUCGUCAUCCCCUCCCUCCCCGGUCUCGGUCUAAGCGACGCCCUCCCAGCCAACAUCCCCCCCAUCCCCGCCUCCGCCACGAUCCUCGACACUCUGAUGCGCCGCCUUGGCUACGCCCAGUACCUUGUCACUGGUUCCGGACCGGGCCACCUCUCGCCAGCUGCCAUCGACUUCCGGGUGGUCAACAGGCUGGCCACGCACCACACCAAGUCGUGCGUGGGCGCGCACCUGAUUGCUCCCCCCCUCAAAGCGCCAACCAGAAACGAGCAAGGUACCGGGGCGUGGGUUAAGUGGAUGGUGGCCAAGAUGUUGAAGAAGGAGAAGUGGGGAUAUAAAGGGGAGGAUUGGGGGCCUUGGGCGGCGGGGAACAAUGGCAACGGGAGGAAGACAACCAAUAAGGAAAAGAGGAAGAUGGGCCUGAACUCUCUCGGUGGUGGCGAUGGUGGUCUCGCAGAGGACCCCAACACGCUGGCUUACGCGCUGUGCGACUCCCCUACCGGCAUGCUCGUCUUCGUGCUGAGGGGGUUGCGUGCCAUGGGGUUGGAUGAAACAGCCUUGUCCUCGCCAUUUUUCACGCAUGAGAAGAUCAUUACGCUGACAAACAUGUUGUGGUUACCCGGUCCGGAGACGGCCAUGAGGUACUGGGCGCAUUGCGCGGCCUAUCCUGAGGAUGAUGGUGAAAAAAGUAGCGCGAGCAAAUUGAGCGGGAAGAAGCCCAAGGUCGCGAUAACAGUCUUCACGGGCACGGGGAGCAACGGCGGUAGAUCUCCAGCAGCAGGACAGGAUUCCACUGAAACGACAACAGCCAAAGCUGCUGCAGGAGCAUCAAGCGACGCUCUCCCCACUCUCAACAAGCAAGUCCCUUUGUCCCGCGCCCAAGCCGCUGCCCGCUCAGCCGAACAACACACCUACGUCUGCCCGGCAUGGGGCAAUUCCGUCUAUGACGUCGUCUUCCAAGAGCGCGUCUCAGGACACGCUGAAGGAUUGCUAGCUUUCACGCGGCCCGAGAUCAUCGUCGCUGGCGUGAAGGGGCUGGCGAAGGAAGUGUUGGCGCGGGAUUCGCGACUAAAGGCAGCAAAGUCCGAGGGCUCCCAUCAGCAGCAGCCUUCGAAAGAACAGCAACAACUACAGCCACAACAAACCGCUGCCGUUGGUGGGUCCUCACUAACAUCCUUCCCUUCGCCUCCGUCAACAGAACAUGGCCCCGCCGGGCCUCUCGUCACUCUAGACAAAGUCGUUGUCGUCCCCGCUUCUCCCGUCGAUGAGAACGUGAUUAGCAGCAGCGGUAACCCCUCCAGCGGGAAUAAUAACAAUGGACUCAAAAAACCACCCUCUGUGGUAGUGGCCAUCGCCCCCGGAACCUCCACGAUCCUCGAAGAAGCGGAAGAUAGUGACGAGGAGAAGAAUCGUGGUAGAUCGACGAAACCGGAAAAGGGCAAAGCGGUCGCUGCUGCUAGUGUGCCGCCACCACCGUCGAACAAUAAUCCUAACCUGCUCAAUCUGCCGACGAGGAAUCAGUCGGAGGGCGAGAGUCCAGAAACGCUGGUAAAUACGCCGAGCCCAGCGCCGAGUUCUUAG